CUUGUCUCAUUUGAGAUCCGGUUUACCGUGGAGAAGGCGCGCGUGGGAAGACCAAACUGGAAGGAGGUGGAUGGAGUUGAACGCAGGUGGCGCGUGUCGAGCUGUAUCCCAGGAUCUUCUGCUUGUGGAAGGCGGCGCGGGUGGAGGUAUUCAUGAGACACUGCUACUGAAUUCAAAGAAUAAGAAGUCUGUGAAGUCACAGACAGUAUGGGUACCAAGGAGCAGUCUUUUGGAUAGGGUACAGAGCUUCCUACCACACAUGGCCAAUGCGAAUGAUGAACUAAGAAGAGAAAUGGAAAGAGGCCCUGUUGUAGACUUUGAUAUUGAACAUGUAGAAGCUUCAACUGAAAAUGUUAUUGAAAUGAAUGUGGCUUUGGUGGAACUGAGUGGUUCUAGUACAGAGGAAGAGGAUUCGGCCUCAGAAGAGGACUCUGAUGAUAGCUCUGUCUGUGAAGAAGUCACUGUAGACAACAUUAAACUUCCUAAGUCCAAGGGAGAAGGUAGAAUAGAAGUUUUGGACACUAAAUCUAACGAGUAGAUGCAUCGUAACUAUUUCAGACAUCCAGCUCUGUCACAUAUCAUACAUUGUUAAAUCUGAGAAAAGAGAGCUCUGGGCAAAUUACUUUGUUUCCAAGUGUUCCUGGAAACUAGCUUGCUGAUUUCUCCUCAAGCUGGUGAGAAACCUGAAAGAUCUCUUUGUGAGUCCAAAGACAGGAGAAUAACGAGGGCACUCUCUUUCCCUGAGGGCAACAUGGAGCAAAAAACUAGAAUGGUGGACUGAAUUGGAAAAAAGAAAGGAACUGCUUUUGUCAAGACACUUAAGGAUUAUCUUUAGGGCUAGUUCUUACAGUUUUCCUCGGUUUCUAAGGUUACAGCCACAGCAAAAGCUGUUGGAAAUGAUUUCAUAUGAGAACUAUUCACUAUCUGAAUUGUUCCAGUUGUUUGGGACCUGCAUGGCAGCAUAGACCCACUGACCUGGAUGUGCAGCCAGCAUGAUGGAUAUGGUGAAUGGCUGUUGCAUGUUCUGUACAUAGUACAGAAGUCUUUCCUGAAAACUCCCAUGUAGUGUUGCAAGAGCUGACCUAAAGUGCUAUUGGGGGGGGGGGGUUAUGUUUGUUGUCUUCAGUGGCUUUUUGUUGUAAGGAAUAGUAGCUGGGAUGAAGUCUUUUGCCUGUAUAAGUGACUUACUAAAAGUCUUGUAGACUGUCUUUCUUACAACAAAACAUGCCCACAUUAGGGGGAAACUUAUCUAGGCUAGAUUUCACGUUUAUUAAUUUGAAAUCCACAGGUAGUAGUGUUAUUUAAGCUAACAAUUGUAUGAAGAAUCUGAAAUUAUUUCUCUAGCCAUGUAGCCUGUGUUUGUUUGAUAAAGCAACACUGUUACUUAAAAGUGACAUUUUUUGCCACAUGUUGUCUUUUCUGAUAUUAAAUACUGUACAGGAAUAAUCUAUACAAUUUUGUGCUUAAAAUGCUGGUACUGGAUUGUUCUGAAUUAUUAUCAGGAGGUCUUUUGGGGGCAGUUCCAUUUCUGUGGUGGAACUAUUUCAAAGUUGCCUGGAUCUGAAUAAAAAUUAACACUAUUUUCAAGCAAAGACCAGGCUGAAUAUUACAGAAACAGCAAUAAUCCCCCUUCCCAGCAGCCCUCCUAAAAUGAAUGUGAUCUGCCAUCUAUUUUUCAGAAAAUGUAUCCAGCAGAAGCAAUGUAGGAAUAUUCCAGCUGUCUCUUGUAGUUCUGGAAAGGUGAACAAGACAGCCAAAAGUCCAUGCUUUCCCCCACCCCCCAAAAAAGAAAAGCAGAAGUGGGAUAGGGGCAUGCAUUGAAGAAAUACUUAUUUCAAGAUUGUAAAGCACGCACAAUUUAAUGUAAUUUGCAUUCAUAGCUCUGUUGAGUACAUGUUCCUUAUUGGCAAACAGAUUAUAAAAUAUUUGCUAUAGCUUUUAUAUGCAUAGUUUAACACAGAUGUCAAGCUCUGUAUAUCAUAUUAAGGGCACUUCCUUGAAUUUAUCUACAAUGGUUAUAGCGAAGUGGCUUUCUGUACUGCUUAAAAUAUGCUGGAUUUGUGUCACUGAACCAAAGAAGCUUAAUGCUGGUAUAAUGAACAGUUUUAGAAACUUGUCAAGAAAUCCAUGUGUUGUCUUUGGAAAAAACAAGCAAUCUUAACACACUGCUUGCUUAGGGAGCUGGAAACUUCUGUUACUGUUAUGUAGAUUUAGGUCCACCACUGGAUGUUCAGUAACCUUGCAGAUGAGCAUUCCAGUUAACUGAAGUGGAUAAUGGAGCCAAUAUAAUGGAGCCAAGACAAUAAAAGGGGGUUAUAGCUGAAGAUAUGUCACAGAAUAGUCUGUGACUCACCUGGGGGUCUCUACCAAAAUAACAGCUUCUGCUGGUGGAUCCAGGUAAUACAAUGCUUGGCAACAAAUGAUAUACCUGAAGAGAGAAUGUCUUAACUCCUGGAAGGAAUGCAGUACUCUUCCCUCGCUCAGUGGGAUGAGUUUCUGGCUUUUGUAAUGCCAGGAAAUGUCUUUGACAUGUUUUUCACCUUGUGCUUGAGGAAAUAUGCUAAAGUUGAAUUUAUUAGCAAGGGAUUGCUUUGUUGAUUAAUAUUCUACUGUUACUGCCUUUGUUCUGAGAUACUCAUGAAGUGCUUCUUCACCUGAAAGAAAUCAGAGUGUUAAAUAAUCAUAGCCUGCUAAGAGUUUGAUUCAGUUUUUGUGCUUGCAAAGCAAACAACAAAAAUCCCCCAAACGAUUAGGAACUCAACCCCAACAUUUCGUCACUUCUUCCCCCUUUAAACAUACAAAUUUAUUUUGAAGUGUUUCUGGUUUGUAAUGGGAGAAGCAUUUUUAUGGUAUCCUGUUCCACUUGACUCCAAAAGUCAAUGUUAUUUCUCCACCAUCCCAUUCAUAUUUUGUUGCAGUUCCAUUUAUGGCUGCAUAAAAGGCGAAUGCUAGAACAGAGACUUUCAAAUUUUCUAGCUGCAGAGACCUCAUAUUACAUAGUACUCUGGGAUAGAUUGCACUCAUUUCAUGUAGGAUGUGGUCCACACCUGUUAGGUUCUCCUGGGGACAAUGGUCAACACCUAGAUAUUAAAAAAUAAAUUAAAAGCAUUACUGUGUAA